UUAUAGUCAGGUCGACUGUCUAGUUCUACAUUACAGACUCAGUAUUGUUUUUGAUAAAAUACAUGUGAUUAGAGUACAUGUGUUUUUGGAGUUCAGAUUUUUAACGACACGAAGAAGAAGAACAAUAGCAAGAAUUGACAUCAUUUUUUUAAGAUAGAGAAGAUUAAACAAAAUGUUUCUGUUACUACUGCCACUAGUGCUAAUCCUACUGUACCACUACGUCACCAGAAACCACGAUUAUUGGGAGAAACGCAAUGUGAAAUAUGAGAAACCAGUGCCUAUUUUCGGAACGAUAUAUCCUAAUCUCGUAGCAAAGAAGAGCAUCACAGAAAUAGCUGUGGAGUUGUACAAUAAGUACCCCAAUGAACCAGCAGUCGGCAUAUAUCGAGGCACAACACCCGAGCUCAUCGUACGAGACCUGGAUGUGGUCAGAAGAAUCCUAAACGUGGACUUUGCAUACUUUUAUCCAAGAGGAAUAGGAAGGAACCCCAAAGAAGAACCAGUAUUUCUUAAUCUUUUCCACGUUGACGGUGAUAUAUGGAAGCUACUGAGACAACGCUUGACGCCAACAUUCACGACAGCCAAGUUGAAGAAUAUGUUCCCUCUCGUAGUGCAGUGUGCGGAGAAAUUGCAGACAGUGGGCGAAGAUAUCGUCAACCGCGGCGGAGACUGUGAUGUACGAGAACUGAUGGCUCGCUUCACCACCGAAUUCAUAGGCGCCUGCGGGUUCGGCAUUCAGAUGGACAGCAUCAAUAACGAGCACUCCCUCUUCAGAGCACUGGGCAGGAACAUAUUUCAUAGAUCAUGGAGGAAUUAUGUCGCUGUUGCGUUAUAUGAUCUCUUCCCUGAAUUUAGAACUAUUAUUCAAAAAUCUUUACGUGAAACUAAAAUAAUGGAUGCUAUAGCAGAGAUCGUUGAGAACAUUCGUAAACAGAGAAACUACAAGCCUAUUGGACGUAAUGACUUUAUAGACUUAUUGUUGGAACUCGAAAGUAAAGGUAAAAUUGUGGGAGAGUCUGUGGAGAAAAGGGACGCUAAUGGAAAGCCAGAACAGGUGGAAAUGGAGAUGGAUCUCACUUGUAUGGUGGCACAAGUGUUCGUGUUCUUUGCAGCUGGGUUUGAGACGUCGUCGUCAGCAACAAGUUUCAUGUUACAUCAGCUGGCGUACCAUCCAGAGGAGCAGAGAAAGAUUCAGGAGAACAUCGACCAGGUGCUUGCGAAAUAUAACAACAAACUGUGCUACGACUCCAUCAGCGAGAUGACAGCUCUGAGUAAUGGGUUCAAGGAAGCCAUGAGACUGUUCCCUUCUCUGGGCACGUUACACAGGGUGUGUGCACAGAAGUAUACUAUACCAGAAAUGGGUAUCACCCUCGACCCCGGUGUGAAGAUCAUAGUUCCAGUGCAAGCUAUACAAGUCGAUGGGAAAUAUUUCGAAAAUCCCACAGAGUUUAUCCCGGACAGGUUCAACGAUACGUCUGCGGACAGACACAAGUUCGCGUACCUGCCCUUCGGUGAAGGACCCAGGCAAUGUAUCGGUGCCCGACUAGGCGAGAUGCAGUCUCUAGCAGGAUUAGCAGCAGUUCUACACAAGUUCAGCGUAGAACCAGCAGCCAACACAAAGCGCCAUCUAGAGGUCAACCAUGGAAGUAACACGGUGCAAUCAAUAAAGGGAGGAUUACCUUUGAAAUUAAGACUGAGAAGCAAACAAAGUCAAGUUGCCGCCUAGUUUUGUUAGGGAUAAUGGAAGAAGAUUUUGUAUUAACAAACAAACAGUCAUAUAAAUUAUUAUACUUAACUAUAUCGUGAGAACUAUAGGUGCUAAUUUGCUAAAUUAAAAGCAUAUACGAGUAUGACUAACUCACAUAAAUGUUCGAGGUCGCUCGACUGGUUUCAAAGUACGACCGGAGUUCAUAAUCACACAACCACUUGGACUUGAACGGUUAUGUGAGUCAACCGUGUGUUGUAAUUAGUUAGAAUAAGUGGUUUAAUAAUUAUUGUAAUACUGUUAAUGUAUUUUUAUGGAUAAUUAUAUUUAUAUAAUGCUUA